AUGUCGCUGUACGGCGGUAUCGUGCUCAAGGGCAAGGAUAAGCCACCUGCUGGCUCGCCCGCCCCGCCUGCUGCCUCUGCCUCGCCGCCUGCUUCCAUCUCACCCGCAGCCUCUGCCAGUCCCGCACCCGCCGACACAGCGACAGAGAAGCCCAAGCCUGCGACAUGGUCUGCCGCCCUUCGCUUCGCCCCGACCGUCCGCAAGAAACCCGCAACCCCCUCUUCUCGCCCAUCAGCAGUCGCGCUCAAGUCUGUCUUUGGGACAGCAGACGACGACAGUGCCGCCGCUCCACCGCCCGCAGCAGCCGGACCUCGCAUCGCUGCUGUGGGCAAGGCGAGUCUCGUCGCCGCGCCAGACAAGGCGCCUCCUCCUUCGAAGUGGGGUGCAGUCUCGAAACCUGCCUUCGAAGUCAAGCCCUUCGCGGGAGGGUCCGUGACGAGCGACUCGGGAACGUCAACUCCCGCCAAGCCUGCAACGUCCGCCCGAACUCGCACGCGCGUCCGACGGGUCAUCGCCGUCCCUCCCGCCAUGGUCCUCGAGGAAGACCUCUCGGACGUCAACGGCUUUGCGGCGACUGCGGCGGGCAAGAAGCUAGCCCAGAUGGAGAAAAAGAAGGGCAAGAAGAAAGGCAGGAUGCAGAGGGACGACCCGGCGCUCGCUUUUGCCGACAUCCCGUACGAUCCCGCCAGGCCUUGCGACUACUCCGCCUAUAAGACGCAUGUCAAGCUCGUCAGGGAACAGCGGCGCCUCGAGCGCGAAGAACAGGAACGUCGUCGUCGCCGCGAGGGCUCCUCCGGGUCCAGCUACUACUCGGAGGACGAGGAGGACCGCGAUCAGCACGAUGAGCAGCCAGCGAACAAGAAGGCGCGCUUCUUCGCCCCUCCCUCCUCUUACGACGAGUCGCCUGGCGCAGGACCCGCUUUUCCCCCUCCCUUUUCCUACGAUGCGACCUCUGCUCCUCCUCGGGACGAGUCCGGCGAAGAUGCCUACGCCCGACGAGCCGCUCUGUCAAAUGCUGCGCCGCCGUCGCGCGAAGAGACGGGUGACGAGGCGUAUCAGCGUCGGGUCGCGAUGUCGCAAAGGCGUGAGGAAACGGGUGAGGAGGCGUACCAGCGCAGGAUGGCUCUGUCGCGCGGUGAAGCUCCUCCUCCGCCCGCUGCAGGUCCUCAUCAAUCUGCUCCGCCUCCCCCUCCUCCGGCUUUUGUCUCGUCAUCCCAUCCUCGAGCACCGAAUCUUGCCGGCCCGCAGCUUCCUCCCGGCUUCGUCCCGCCUCCGCCGCCACCAGGCUUCGUUCCUCCACCCGGCUUCGCUCACCCACAUCCCCCUCCACCUCCUUCCUUCGCGCCCGCCUCAUCCUCCUCAACUUUGUCCGCUUCAGCUCCCACGUUCACACCCCCCGUACCCUCGAACUCUGCCUCCCUCGUUCCGGCAGGCGAAUCGAACGCAGCGCUCGAUGCCGCACAGGCGAAGGCGCGUGAGAUUGCGGCGAGGUUGAGCAAGCUCGGCGGAGCGUUCGUUGCGCCUCCUGCGGCGGCUGGUGGUAUUGGGACGGCACCGCCGGGGUUCGCGCCUGCUGCGACACAGGCUGGAGGAGCGGGUGAGGCGGAAUCUGCUGAGCCGGACAGCCGCACCUUCGCCGAACGCAUGAUGAGCAAGUUCGGCUGGGAGGAAGGCAAAGGUCUUGGCGCCUCCGAGUCGGGCAUCACCGCCGCGCUCUCCGUUCAGCGUACGCCAGCCGCAUCCGCCAGCUCGAACAAGAAGGCGAAGAAGAAGAAGGAGCAGGAAGUUGCGCCCACGCCGGCGGGCAUGGCGGGUCGAUCGGUUGUCGUCGACGUCUCGCGCGACCAGCGGAUCGCGGAACAGAAGGCGCAGAUGGGCGGAGAUGCGAGUCGAGUCGUCUUGUUGACGAACUUGUGCGGGAGGGAGGAGGUCGACGAUGAUCUGGGCGGCGAGGUCGCGGAAGAGGCGAACAAGUUUGGCGUCGUCGAGCGGUGCUUCGUGUAUGUCGUGCCCGGCGAGACGAGGGACGACGAGGCGGUGAGGAUCUUCUUGGUUAUGAGCGGUCUUGCGGGAGGCUACAACGCAGUCCGCAACUUUGACGGCCGCUUCUUCGGCGGGCGAACCGUCCGUGCAAGGUUCUACGACGAGAAGGCGUUCAAUGGCGGCCGUCACGACCUGUAG